AUGGAGGGCUCAUUCCUCAAAAGCAAAGGUCCGUCAGGGAAGAUAAUUAUAAACCGGUCGAUGGGUCUGAUGUCCAACUCUUCUCAGUUCACUCUUGGAGGAAAGCCAUUUCGUAUUCUGGGAGGCUCUUUGCACUACUUCCGGCUGCCCAGAGCCUACUGGAGGGAUCGGAUGGUGAAAAUGAAAGCCUGUGGUCUCAACACUGUCACCGUUGACGUUCCCUGGUCUCUCCAUCAGCCGCAGAAAGAAGAAUUUCACUUCCAAGGAGGUCUUGAUUUAGAAGCUUUCCUUCAGCUGGCUGCAGAUGUGGGACUCUGGGUGAUUUUGCGGCCUGGACCGUACAUCGGCUCAGAUCUUGACCUUGGAGGAUUGCCCAGCUGGCUUUUGCGUGACCGAGAGAUGAUGCUGAGAACCACUUACCCAGGAUUCAUAGCAGCUGUGAAUGUGUACUUUGACAAGCUCAUUCCCAAAGUGGUGCCUUUACAGUUUAAGAAAGGUGGACCCAUCAUUGCCGUCCAAGUGGAGAACAAAUAUGGAUCACAUGCAAGAGAUGGAAACUACAUGUCAUUUAUCAAAGAAGCUCUUCGGGAAAGAGGAAUCAGUGAAGCUCUUCUAACAUCAGACGAUCAUGAAGGUCUCAAACAUGGUGGAGUCAAAGGAGCUUUAAGAACUCUUAAUCUACAGAAAAUGAAACAUGAUCAUAUCAAAUAUCUGGAAGCAGUGCAGCCAAACAGUCCUGUGCUGGUGAUGGAGCUCUGGACGGGCCGCUGUGAUGGAUGGGGUGGUUUACAUCAUAGUUUUGCUGCAGAGGACCUGGUUUCUGUGGUCCGAGAGAUGCUGAGGCGAGGAAUGUCCAUCAACCUCUACAUGUUCUACGGAGGGACAAACUUUGGCUUCAUGAAUGGAGCGUUGGCCAAUCCGUCUUACAAAGCUCUGGUCACCAGCUAUGAUUAUGAUGCUCCUCUGUCAGAAGCAGGAGAUUAUACACCAAAGUACCAUCUUCUCCGAGAUCUCCUCAGCAAUUUCAACAAAGAAAUCCUCCCGGAGAUGCCAGGUCUGCGCUGGAAAGAACAAUAUGAGGCUGCUAUAUUAUUCCAGCAUCUUUCACUAUGGGAUGCCUUGCCAUUCACACAUGAGCCUUUUAGAGCUCAAUUCCCUGUUCAUAUGGAGAGUCUGCCGAUCAAUAAUGGAAAUGGUCAGGCAUACGGAUACACGCUUUAUGAGACCAGCAUCACCAGAGGAGGCUCUUUAAAAUCAGGAGGAAACAUCCAAGACAGAGCUCUGGUUUUUGUGAAUCAAAGUUUCAUCGGCAGUUUUCACCACAGGAAUUUGGAAUUAGCUGUUCCUGAUGGAAAGGGUAAACGCACUCUGAGUCUUCUAGUGGAGAAUUGUGGCCGUGUGCAUUCUGGUAAAGAAAUGGAUAACCAGCGCAAAGGUAUUGUUGGGGACAUUUUAUUAAAUCGUAAGCCACUUAGAGACUUCACAAUAUAUAGUCUGGAUAUGACUCCAGCCUUUAUUAACAGCUUGUACAGGGCGAACUGGAAGACUGUCCCUAGCAAACCGAGCUUCCCAGGCUUUUUCCAGGGCAGGUUAUUUGUGAAUGGAUAUCCCAGCGACACUUUCGUGAAGCUUCCGGGUUGGAGUAAAGGUGUGGUGUUUAUUAACGGGCAAAACAUUGGCAGAUAUUGGGAUGCUGGACCACAGCAAGCUCUGUUUCUACCAGGACCCUUCCUUAACAGUGGAAUGAACCAAGUGAUUUUGUUCGAAGAAGCAGAAGCGGAUUUAAAAAUACAAUUCGAAGAUUCUGCUGAUCUGGGAAUGACGGUUGACAUUUAAUGAACAGUGUUGCCAGAUUGGGCUGUUUCCUACCCAUUUGUGCGGUUUUGAAUUCGAUUCUGCAGGUAAAAUAUGGCAUAGGUGGGUUGAAAAGCGGUUUUGAAACGUAACUUUUAUAUGCAACUUAUUCAACAAAACAUAACUGUGUGCUCCAACUCCAUUCAGUUAGUAGUGACCAGUGCAGAGCGUUAACUGCGUAGGCUCACCCGCAAGAGGGGGUGGAGGAAAGUUGUAUCAAAACAUGACUCCCCGGGGAAAUCUGACUCCCCCUCGUGUGCACAUACAUCCAGCCUGAUCUCACGAGAAAACGUAAGUAUUUUACGUUUUGUCAAUUUAGUGGCUAAUUCGUACGAAUUCGUACGAGUUCAGUCGUACGAAAUUGUACGAUUUAGAAAGGAGGCGUGGCACCUUACCCCACCCCAAAACCCAACCGUCAUUGGGGGAUGAGCAAAUCGUACUAAAUAUCGUACGAAUUAGAUCGUACGAAUUUAUACGAAUUAGCUACUAAAGCAAAAAGUUACGAAUUGCCCUGAGAUUGUGUUGCAUACAUCACACAGCGCCUGCAAUUAAACUCACAGCGGAUUUUAUUAUGACAUUUUUACCAAUCGUUUUUUCCGCAAUUGACAGCAAGAACAAACGUAGUUAAUUAACAAGCAGCACCUAAUUAUGUUCAAAAGAAUUUAAAACACCAAGCAGGACGAAUUUAUACCCCAUUUUGAAAGUAAAACUUCCUUUAACAGGUGUGAUCUACACAACAUUAAGUGCAUUGCGUGUGUGAGAGGGGCGCAGUGUUCUGAUGUAAUGCGGUUAUGUUGCGGCUCUGUGACUGCUGAUGCUGGUUGCUGUAUGGUUAACAAAAGUAACUAGGUUAAUUUAGAUUUGAAUAAAUUACAAUUAAAUAAAACAUUUUAAUAUUUUGUGCAUUUUUUGGGCAUUUUGGUAUGUUUUGGACAGCUUUUGGGCUGAAAAAAGUCAGCUACAUCUGGCAACACUGUUAAUGAACACAUUGCAAAUCAUGUUAUACAGGCACAGGACUGUACAAUCGCAGACAUAAACUCUAUCAAAGUGGCCAUAAAAGAAACACAACAAUAAAAUUAAUGUCACAGAUAAAUUAUUAAAUCAUUCAUAGCAAAUUUGUAUUAAUAACAUGGCUUCGCAUUCCAUGAUUUUUUAAAACAUUUUUAAGACAAAGUGCAGUCUAGCGGUGGACUGUGUGUGUAGUUUUGCAUUCAAAUGCUCAUUUUAACAGUAGCGAGUGUGUUUGCGUUUGUUAGCAUUGUAUUGUUUUGAUUGUCUCUCAUACUGUUUCUUGCUGAAAGUAGUGGUCGAGGUACAUUUUGAUAUGAAAACUUGACAGUUGUUAGCUGUUUAUGCUAAUAUUAGUGUCUCUGCUGUAGAUACCAGCAUUAUUAUUUUGU